CAUGGCCGCCGUCCCUUCCAUCGCCGCGAUGGACCAAGGCUUCAAGGCCGCGCUCAUCGGCGCCGCCCUCGCCGUCAAGGGCUGCGCGCUGGCUGCGGGUUUGCCCGAGCUCCGCGGGUCGUAUCAACGGACGCUCUGGUGGCUCGCAGGUAUCUCGGCGCUGCUUAUUUUCAUCGGCGCGACAAUUGCGUGGCCGAUCCAGCUCGUCCUCUGGCUCUUCCUGGGCCGCGCUUCGCCGUACACGGCGCUGCUCGCAAGCGUGUUGAACAAGUGGGUCACGGGUGUGCCCUUCGUACUCAUCGCCGCGUGCCGCUAUGUCCACCCGACGUUGGUCGACAACCUCUUCUUUCUCGGGCUCGGGCAGGAGCACGCAUCCCUCGUGCCCGUCCUUUCCUCGAUCCCCGUAUCUCUCUUUGACUGGGACUACCUCCGCGCGACGGCGACGUUCUUGGCGUACCGGUCGGCGCUGUUUCUCAUCCUCGCAUUGGGUUCGUUCUUGACGCCGCUCUUUGGCAGUCUCUUCGCGAUCGCUGCAUUUGGCUUCAAGAUCCGACGCACGGAAAUGGUCAUGUCGUCGCUCGUGUUUGGCUUGUACGUGGUGCCAUGGACCCGUCCGAUCGCGAUCGAGCUUGCCAAAAUUUGGUUUGACGCACGGGCGGUGACCAAGGAGCUCUUUUACCCCGUCUUUGCCCGCAAGACGAAGCUCGUCACCGAGCAUGGCAUUCCGUGCACGAUCGCAGGCGACCAAUCGGCGAUGCUAUUUGGCUUUUCGUACGUGCUCGGGUUCUUCGUGCAGGUGCCCGUCGUCGGCCCUUUCGUCUGGCUCCUCGCGUUCAUCGCGGCCGGCAUGGCCGCCCCCCGCAUGUUUCAACUCAAGUCCAAGCUCUAGCCACAGAAAUGCCCGCAGGUUUUUGGACGCUUUUUACCAUCACAACAAAAGUUUGGUCCCCUCC